AUGCCAAUCCAUUGCAACGAGGCGCUCAGUAACAGUUGUCCAAACGGAUACACCUGCACCUUCAACGCAUUGAUCAACAGCCAUGUUUGCUGUGGAGCAUCUGAUCAAGGCGUCUGUCCUGAGCAAGAGAAGGCCUUCAUCAGCACUGCGGACAUGUCGCCAAGAGAAUGCAUUGUUAAUGUGGAUGCUUCCUGUCCUGCUAACUAUCUGUGUCGUUUCAACAUGCAGAGGAACAAGUACUACUGCUGUACUAGCAUCACUGGAAGGACCUGCCCUGCUGGUAAAUUCCUGCACAAGGACCUUCAUACAUCCAUGCCUACACGGUGUACUGUGGGACGAAGUGAUCAGUGCCCAGACGGUUAUUCCUGCCAGAGCUAUCUACCAAACUCUUCGCAGGGUUUUUGCUGCACUAGUAACGCAGUCUGUCCUGAUGAUGCCGAGUUCUACGUGGACGAUCAGUCGCAACUGCCAAGGGCCUGUACAAUGGGUACAUUCGUCAGUUGCCCUCAGGGCUACAGCUGCAGGUCGCUCACAUCAGCCGUAGAGGGAUUCUGCUGCAGAACAGAAUCGACGGCUCCUGUUCACAUUACAGACGGCUGUCCUCCUGGAAAUUUCGUCUUCAUAAACGAUGGAGGGGAUACUGCCACAUGUGAUCCGUUCAAUCCUCCGAAUGCUCCCUGCCCGGAAGGCUUCACCUGCCAGUGGUCCACGUCUAACCAAAGAUAUCAGUGUUGCGGUUCAAAUCCGUCACCGCCAUCAGUCCGAAUCAGUGAUGGCUGCCCGAAUGCACAAUCGCCUUCCGAGACAGAAGGGACAGUCCGAGUUAUGCACGCGGAACUCAUACGACUUGUCCUCCUGGUACGUUUGUCAUUCUCAAAUCAACAGUCAAUUCCAGGUGUUGCUGGAGUGGAAUGCUCAUCCGACGAGAUUUCCGUGAACGGAAUGUGUUUGCCACGAUCGGGGCCUGGGCAAGACUGCCAGCAGUCUGAGCAAUGUACUGGUGGUUCAGUCUGCGAUGCGGCAGCUGAAUGUGGCCCUGAGCAAGUUAAGCACGGCAGCGUCUGCCUCAAUCGAGCCGAACUGGGGAAACCGUGUGAGACCUCAGAACAGUGUCCUGAUCAGGGAGUAUGCACGGACGGAAUCUGCGUGUGCAAUGAGAGGACGGUAAAUUUGAACGGCAAAUGCACGUCGCCGAUGGCCCGUGCUAAAAUUGUACAGAGCAAAUUGUGCCCAUCGGGACGUGUGCCGUACCUCAUAAAUGGCCUGCCGCAACGGUGUACUAAACAACGCUGUCCAAGAGGCUAUGAAUGCACUUACAAGGACCACGACUACUUAUGUUGCUCGACUGCAGGCAAAAUCUCUGGGAAACAGCAGAGCUCAACAUCAACUGCAGGACCCGCUGGAGUGGUAGAGCAGUGUCCACGUGGAAAUCCUCUCAUCUACCCGUCCACUCGGUUGCCUGUGGUCUGCACCCCAGGCAAGAAAAGCUGUCCUAUAGGAUUCGCUUGUCAACAAAGCACAUCGUCUGAGCAGUUCAUUUGCUGUCCGUCGCGAUACCGAAUGAGUGCAUUUCCA